AUGCCUUUGUUACCCAACUCUGUGAUGUCACAAUACUUAACAAUUCAUAUCUUCUGGUACACUGUCCAAGACAAGUCAGUCAAUUCAGUCAAGUCAGUCAAGUCAGUCAAUUCAGUCAAGUCAGUCAUGGCACGUCAAGUUCAACCAAAAUGCUACAUUAUGACCUUGCUUUACUGCGACAUGGGUAUGUCGGCAGGAAAAGUGAUACUUGUUGAUCCUCCAGCUGCUAAGCAAACAGGAUGUAGCAGCAGCAGAAGCAGCAGCAGCAGCAGCAGCAGCAGCGGCAGCAGCGGCAACAGCAUCAGCCGCAACAGCAGCAGCAGCAACAGUAGCGGCAGCAUCAAAGGAAGCAGAUGGAGCAGCAGCAGCAGCAGCAGCAGCAACAGCAACAGUAGCGGCAGCAUCAAAGGAAGCAGAUACAGCAACAGUAGCAGGUGCAGCAGAUGCAGCACAGGCACCAGAUGUUUCAUCUGCAAAAACAGUAGCAGAUUGAGCAGCUGUUCAAUUUGCAGCAAAUGCAGCAGCUGCAGCUGCAGUAACAAUAGCAUAUGCAGCAGCAGAUGCAGCACAGAGUCCAAAGCUGCAUCUACUAGGACAAGUAAAAACAACUUCAUUGGAUCUGAAAGUUAUUACAUUAAACAGAAGGAUAGCAUCUUUGCAAGCACGGGGGCCAGAAAGAGGAAAGUAGAUGAUGAUCAAGAGGGUGCCAGGAAGAGGCAGAGAACAUCUACCCCUGACUGCCCACGAUUGACUCCAAUAGUUAUAGGGAUCAAGAGGAAAGCAUCAGAGGAAGAUAAUACACCUUGUAAAAGACAGAGGCAAGAGGACAGCCCAUCAUCCCCAACAACAAGCAGUACCACCACAAAGGAGGAAACAGAAAGACUGGAGUUUGAGGCUAAAUACAAAGAACUGAGCCCGCUGGGUGAAGGAGGGUAUGGCUUUGUUUAUUCUGGUCUGAGAAAAGCAGACAAUGUGCCUGUGGCAAUUAAACAUAUCUCCAAAGACAAUGUAAAGUACGAAGGAGUUAGUGUAAAAGGUAAGAUGCUCCCUUGCGAAGUGGCUGUGAUGAUGCGGAUAACAAAACGAGUAGUAGGGAAGUCUGCAUCCAUUUCACUCCUGGACUUUUAUGAUCUGGACCAAGAGCUCAUUUUGGUCUUGGAGCGUCCAGACCCAUCAGUUGACCUCUUUAACUACAUGAAGGACAGAGGAGGUGGGCUGCAGGAGGAGGAGGCGAAAGAUAUCAUGAGGCAGCUAGUCAAAGCAGCCCAAGAGCUUCAUCUGAUAAAAGUCUUCCAUCGGGACAUCAAGCUGGAAAAUAUCCUCUUGGAAACAGGAACUGAAGUCCCCCGAGUAAGGCUGAUUGACUUUGGCGUCAGCUGUGUCACCAGAAAGAACUCAUGUUAUGACAUUUUUCAUGGCGCCUCACAACACUGCCCACCUGAAUGGUACAAGACCUCGAUGUACAGAGCUGGGCCUACCACAGUGUGGCAGCUGGGCGUGGCCCUUUUUGAGAUGCUGCAUGGGGGCGCAUUUGACACACUCCGCUUCAUCAACAACCUAAUGAACAUCAAGGAGUUGUCCCAAGGUUGCCAGGACAUUCUGCAUCUUUGUUUAAAUGAAGACCCUCAUCAGCGCCCCUCUCUGGAGCAGCUUCUUCUACAUCCAUGGCUCCAACAAUAAUCGAGGCCUUCUGGUUCCCCCACACAGUCAAAGACAUGCUCAUUAUCACUCCAAAAAAACUCACAAUAAAAAAAUCUUAAGCAGCA